UUGCAUGCAACAACAUAAAUUUAGGUUGUUGAGCCAUUUUAAUGUAUAUUCCAUAGAAACAUUAGCAGCCACUGACUAGGUACGUGUUAAAAGUAUUAGGAUAAUAGCUAGUGAUUCAGAACCUGGAAUUAAAAAUGGAUUUGUUGGGUGAGGUGGACAUUACAGUUAACGGGAUAAGGCAUCAAGUGCCGACCAGCAGAUGUACCCCCAAUAUAACACUAAAUUCGUUCUUGCGUGAUGAAUUAAUGCUCACCGGUACCAAGAAAAUGUGUGAAGAAGGAGGUUGUGGAGUAUGCAUUGUCGUAAGAAAAAUCAAUAAUUCGCAGAAAUAUUUAGCAAUCAAUUCGUGCUUAAUAUCAUUGCUUUCAUGCCAAGGAUGGCACAUUUAUACGAUAGAAGGAAUAGGUGAUUCCGACCAGAGACAUGUUAUACAGGAGAGAUUAAUUAAAUUUAAUGGAAGUCAAUGCGGAUUCUGUACUCCUGGAAUGAUAAUGAAUAUGUAUGCUCUACAACAAAGCGAUUUCGAAUUGAGUAUGGCUGAUGUUGAAAACUCAUUCGGUGGCAAUAUUUGUCGCUGUACUGGGUAUAGGCCAAUCCUGUCAGCUUUUAAAUCUCUAUGUAAAGACGCGACUCCAGAUCUGAAAGCAUGCAUUCGAGACAUAGAAGAUCUUAGCACAGAUAAUGAUUUCAAUUGCAGAUCUAAGAAUAAUGAAGAUCGAAAUGAGAUGAAAUCUUCGCGAGGUGUUGAGGUAAAGCCACCAUUCCACUUUAUGUUCCCGAGGGAGACCUGGAUUAGGGUGUAUGAGUUUAAUGAUCUACUACGAGUUAUGAAAACUUUUAAUGGCCCUCGAAUUUGUACACUGGUAGCAGGAAAUACGGCUAAAGGGGUCUAUAAACAUAAAAUUGUGGCUAAUGUAUACGUAGACAUCUCGGUUAUUGGAAAACUACGAGGGCAUAAAAUUAAUGAAAACUUUUUGGCUCUUGGAGCUAAUGUCACCCUUACAGAUACUGCAAAGAUAUUUGAAAGAGAAUCGGCGAAAAAUGAACAAUUUACAUACUUGAAAGCCGUAGCUGAACAUACUCAGCUGAUAGCAACAGUGCCAAUACGAAAUAUUGGAACACUAGCAGGAAACCUAAUGAUUAAACAUAACCAUCGAGAAUUUCCCUCAGAUAUAUUUUUAGUGCUUGAAACUUGCAAUGCAACGCUGGAUAUUGUUGAUAUUGAAGGCAACAAGCACCUGACUAGCCCACAGCAAUUUCUAAAGCUGGAUAUGUCAAAUAAAGUGAUUCGAAAAAUUUUGUUUCCAAAACUAAGCAACAUGGAAUAUAAAUAUGGUAGCUAUAAGAUAAUGCCACGGCAUCAAAAUGCUCACGCGUUGCAAAACGCCGGAUUCCUUUUUCAUUUCGAGCAAGAAAAUAAUAAACUUCGAUCAGCGAGGAUAGUUUAUGGUCAUGUUAACAAAAAGUUUGUUCACGCCUCAAAAACUGAACAAUUCCUAUCGGGAAAGUAUAUUUUCGAUAAUGGCGUUUUACAAUCAGCGUUGAAGGUAUUGGAUGGAGAAUUGGAGUGUGAAACUAUUCUUCCGGAGGCACGACCAGACUUUAGGAAAGGAUUAGCUAUUUCGCUGUUUUACAAGUUUAUUCUGAAUAUUGCGCCAAAAAAAUGUGUUUCUCUCCCUAACCUAACUGGUGGAUUGAUGCUAAAUAGACCAAUUUCAAAAGCCGCUCAGGAAUAUGAUACAAAAGAAUGCAUUUAUCCUUUAGCUAGAGGCAUUGCCAAAAUCGAAGCGAAAUAUCAAGUAACUGGAGAAGCUGAAUACAUUAUGGAUAAGCCGAAUUAUCCAAACCAACUUUACGCAUCAUUCGUAACAACAAAAGCCCGACCCAAAACUAAAAUCCUCAAUCUAGAUGCCACAAAAGCCCUGAAAAUUCCUGGCGUUGUGGCAUUUUUUGACAAAGACUCAAUACCGGGUAGAAAUACCUUUACUCCAUUAGAAAUGGGACUGUUCUCCAGCGAGGAGAAAUUAUUUUGUUCUGAUUCCAUCGAAUAUUAUUACCAGCCAGUCGGAAUUAUUGUUGCAAUAACACACGAUUUAGCCCAAUCCGCUAGUGAAAUGGUAGAAAUUCGGUAUGGAGCAUCUGCAAAAAAUGCUAUUCUUUCGAUCAACGAUGCGUUAGAAAAUGGCCAAAAUAGAGUAUCAAAAAUCAGAGCUGUCAAUACAGGUGCAGAAGAGCAAAAAGAGGAGACUAAGGAAAUAACGGGAACAUUCAGAUUAUCGGGGCAAUAUCAUUAUCACAUGGAAACUCAAUGUUGUAGUGCUGUUCCAAAAGAAGAUGGGAUCAAUUUGUAUCCUUCGAGCCAGUGGAUCGACUUAUCACAAUGCGCGGCAGCCGCUGUGUUGAAUAUUCCGGCUAAUAAGAUCGACAUAUCAGUAAAACGGCUUGGAGGUGGCUUCGGAGCAAAGAUAAUUAGGAAUAGCUUGAUUUCAAGUUCAACUGCUUUGGCAUGCUAUUUACUAAAACAACCUGUUAAGAUGUGGCUUCCAUUGGAAAGCAAUAUGAAUAUUAUAGGGAAGCGAUAUCCAGUACACAGUAAAUACAAAGUUUGGGUAAAUGAUGAAGGGAUUAUUCAAAGUUUUGAAAACAACAUUUAUUUUGAUCACGGUAAUGCUAAUAAUGAGAAUGUUGUUGAAGAAUUCUUCGACAUCUAUUUUAAAACUUACAACACUAAGCUAUGGAGAGCAGAUUUUUGCGUCGUUCAUACUGAUAAUCCUACAACAUGUUACACCAGAGCACCGGGAUCAGCUGAAGCGCUAGCUAUGGUUGAAGCAGUGAUGGAACAUACAGCCAUGGAACUAGAAAUGGAUCCUUUAGAAUUUAGAUUGAAAAAUCUGAAUAAGGACGACUCAAAAUUGAUAGAGCACAUUAAUGACUUGCUUCAAUGGGCUCAAAUAUAUGAGCGAAAGUCCACAAUACUGGAAUUUAAUAAAAAUAACAGAUGGAGAAAAAAAGGAAUUUCUGUUGUCCCAAUGACAUAUCCCUUUCACCUGAUGCUUGGCUAUGGAAUUUUAGUAUCCAUAUAUCACAUUGAUGGAUCAGUAGCCAUUGCACAUGGAGGAGUAGAAAUAGGACAAGGAAUAAACACCAAAGUGGUUGAAGUGUGUGCCUAUAAACUAGGAAUAUCGGUUGAUCAAAUCACAGUAAAACCUAGUAACAAUUUAAUAGCACCAAACGCAUCAAUGACCGGCGCUAGUUUAACCAGCGAAGCAGUUUGUUGGGGAGUUAUAAAGGCUUGUGACACGCUGCUGAAAAGAAUAGAGCCCAUGAAAAAAAUGUUUUCAAAUGCAUCAUGGCGGGAACUGAUUCAAAAGUGUCAUCAGGAGUUUAUAAAUUUAUGUGCAACUUCUAUGUGCCAAGGAGCGAAGGAAGAAGAUUUGCAGCCUUACAAUGUUUACGGAGUAUGUGCAUCGGAAAUUGAACUCGAUGUUCUUACUGGCCAAUAUCAAAUUACAAGAGUAGAUCUAUUGGAAGAUGUUGGUGACAGUAUGAAUCCUGGAAUCGAUAUAGGGCAGGUGGAAGGUGCUUUUGCAAUGGGUUUAGGAUACUUUUGUACCGAACAAAUUAUCACCGAUGAAGAUGGGAAAAUUUUGACUAACCGAACAUGGAAUUACAAACCUCCAGGUGCCAAGGAUAUUCCAAUCGAUUUUCGUAUAAAAUUUCCUAAGAAAAUUCCGAAUAAAGUUGGUGUGCUUAAAUCAAAAGCUGUAGGUGAGCCACCCUUCUGUCUAGCUGUUUCAGUACCAUUAGCGAUUAGGCACGCUGUAGCUUCUGGAAGAACCGAAUUUGCCCCGACAUUAAAUAAAUGGUAUCCAAUUGAUGGAGCUUCAACUGUAGAAAAUACGUAUUUAAAUUGUCAACAUGGCAUUAUUUCAUACAACUUAUAGUCAACUAGUUUAUAUGUAAAUAGUAAUGAAAUUGUUUAAAAUGUAUAGUAAAAUUGCAAUGUUCAACAAAUGCGUUUAGUUCUUUAUCUAUCAGCUAGUGAAAGUAUUUUUUAAGUCCUGUGUAUUUUGAUUUCUUACUCUUCUAGUUUUUCAGUUAUAUUUUAAUAUUUUAUAGUAGAUAUAAUACAUAUUUUAAAUUGGGAAAAGUACUUCUUCCCAAGCUUAAUCUAACGAACAUGUAAAACAACGUUUUCGAUUAAAAGUGCAUUAAUUUCUAUUAAGUUAUAUUUUAU